AUGCCUACAGAGUAUAAGCGUAAAUGCCUGGAUAGAGGCAAAUGGAGUAGUCAGCAGUUAUCAGAUGCCCUGGAGGCAAUUAAUAACGGAACAAUGGGUGUGAAUGAGGCAUCAAGGACAUUCCAAAUACCGUCCCGAACUUUAAGACGCAGAAUAACUUCCAAAAAACAGCCAUGGGUCCUUCUGCAUUGUUUGGCAGAGAAAAAGAAAAGAAGAUUAUUUGCGUUAGCUUUGAAAAUUCGCCAUAAUUUUAACGAAGAAAAAGAAAUGGCAGGCUACGACUGGCUGAAUUCAUUUUUAAGACGGAAUCCAGAACUGGCAAUUCGAAGAGCCGAGGGCGUAUCUUUAGCUAGAGCUGAAGGGACAACUAGAGAAAGAGUGGCCGAUUUUUUUAAAUUGUUACAGCAUAUAUUUGAAGAAAAUAGUUUGUUUGACAAGCCCGGACGAAUAUACAACAUGGACGAAACAGGGUGUCAGCUAAAUAACAAUCCUGGUUACGUUAUUGCUAGCAAAGGAUCCAAGCUUGUUUCUUCCAUAACAUCAGGUGAACGCGGAGAAACUAUUACUGUAAUAGCGUGUUGUAACGCAGAAGGAAAUUUCUUGCCACCAUCAUGUAUAAUGAAAGGGAAAAGGAAAAAACCGGAAUAUGAAGAUGGAAUGCCACCGGGCUCAUUUCUUUAUAUGUCCGCCAAAUCUGCGUACAUAAAUGCAGAGAUUUUUAAGGACUGGCUACAGAAUCAAUUUUUGCCUAGAAAACCUGAUGGAAAAGUGGUCUUAAUUGUAGACGGCCAUUCCUCUCAUUGUGACAUCGAUGCCUUAGAAUUUGCAGAAAAGAAUGAUAUUAUUAUUCUUAGUCUUCCUAGUCAUACCACUCAUUUUCUGCAACCCUUAGACAGAGCAGUAUUUAAGUCUUUAAAAUCAGCAUAUUCAACCGCUUGCAACAACUGGUUCGAGCAGUUACUAAGCGAAGCUUGGGGUAAAGCGGCGACAUGCAAGAAUGGUACUUCCGCUUUUAGAUCUACCGGAAUAUUCCCUUUCAAUCCGGAAAUCAUUCCAGAACACGCAUAG